GACGUUGGAUUUGGAACUGUCCCUUCCUCUAAACUCGCUUCCACUAUUCCUGGACCAGGGUACACCCGGAAGAAUCCUUAUUAUUACAUGGAUAAAAGGAGACGAGAAGGUUUGUCUAGUACUCCUACUUUUGAGUACGACGGUCUGCGGCCUAGAUUUCGUCAUGUUUCCAAUAGUUGGACUUUACCGAGCAAUUUGUAUAACGUAAAGCAUCCGGAUACUAUAGAAGCUUUCUUGAGAAAGGUCACUGGAAAAAGGGGUCCCUACGAUUUAUUCACAGGCCCGAGGGAUAGAAGCACGAUUAAGAGCUACUUUGCAAUUACAAAAUUGGAAGAUCACGGCGACUGGCCUAGAUCGUUGCCAAGCGAGCUCGACAAACUGUUGCACAAGUCGAACUAUUUUAAAGGACGUUGGAUCACCUGUCCGAGGUUUCCAAAGGUGCCAGGGAUGCGAAUGGUGUUACAAGACCAAGCCUUGUGUUACAAGGACCCGAAGCACCCAGGACCUGGCCACUACGAUCCGAAAUCUCCAAGGAAGCCAAGAAACACGAAGAAUUAUCCUUUCAAUAUCAAUAUUGAACACGUUAGGCCGGUUAUUAUGUCGGAUAUUCAUCCUGGUCCAGGGAGAUACAAAAUCAAAGACAAGAGGCGCAUCAAAGGGAAUGGAUGGACCUUUGUUUUCAAAAGCAAACUGCCUCGAACAAAUUUCAUUAUCAUCCCUUCGCACAAUGCCUUCUAA